AUGACCGACUCCUCUUCUCCCAAACAAGGCUACUCGUACUUUUGUCCGUGCGGACAACUUUUCCUUACUCUUGCGAUUCCUCUUACAACGCUUCCUCAACGUCAACUUGACCAAAGGUUUGUUGUUGACGAAUCUCUUCAUCACAUUGCCCAUUUUGUUACAGGGAACAGAUAUUAUAUUACAAGGUAAUCAUAAUACGAUAUUUGAUAUACUGUCUUAGAUUACAGUCUUUACGAAUUGGUUCAUCAACGGCUAACUUGAACAGGAAUGAUGGUGGAUACGAACAA